AUGCCUAGCUAUGCAAAAUUCCUGAAAGACAUCCUAUCAAACAAAAGAAAGCUAGGAGAUCACGAGACAAUUAUGCUAACAGAGGAGUGCAGUGCCAGGAUUCAGAGAAAGCUCCCGCCAAAAUUGAAAGAUCCAGGGAGAUUGGGAAAAGCUAAAGCUACCACGGUGACCUUACAGCUGGUUGACAGAUCAUUGACACAUCCACGAGGAAUAAUUGAGGACGUAUUGGUUAAAGUAGAGAAGUUCAUAUUCCCAGCAGAUUUUUUGAUUCUGGAUAUGGAAGAAGAUAAAUAUGUUCCUUUAAUACUGGGCAGACCAUUCUUGGCCACAGGCAGAGCUUUGAUCGACGUUCAGAAUGGGUAG